AUGGCUUCGGCUUCAUCGGCCACUUGCGUCAGGAGCGCACCGUCCUGGGAGCCCGCUCUACCGGUGGCGAUGCUUGGCGCUGGCGGCGCAGCGCGCGCUGUCGUGGAUGCACUCUCUGCCCAAGGGGUUACGGAAAUCCGCGCGGCCAACCGCUCGCCGGAGCGCGUGGCGGCGCUCGCCGCAGCGGCCGGCGACACGGUUCGCCCCGUCCCAUGGGAGGACCGCGAAGCAGCGCUCGAGGACUGCGGCUUGCUCGUCAACACCACGACCCUCGGCCAGGUGGGUAAGCCUGCGCUCGAUCUCGAUCUCGGGCGGCUUCCGCCUGAAGCUGUGGUCUACGACCUCGUCUAUGCGCCGCUGGAGACCGAUUUGCUGAAGGCGGCACGGGCGCGCGGCCAUGUGGGGGUGGACGGGCUCGGCAUGUUGAUUCAUCAGGCGCGGCCCGGCUUCGCCGCCUGGUUCGGGGCCGAGGCCGAGGCCACGGCGGCGCUUCGCUCCUUCGCCGCAGACGGGCUCUGA